CAUCCACCGGCUUCGUCGUUCCCUUCCCUAACUAACCUAACUUGCCCUCCCUCCUCUUCAGAAUAGAGCGUCUCGCGUUCCACCUUGCUUCGUUUUCCGUGUCCACCCCUCCCAACCCAAAUCCUCACAGUCGCUAUUCUCUCAAAAUGUUGAUCAAAGUCCGUACCCUCACCGGCAAGGAGAUCGAGCUGGAUAUCGAGCCCGACUACAAGGUGUCCCGGAUAAAGGAGCGCGUUGAGGAGAAGGAGGGUAUCCCGCCCGUUCAGCAGCGGUUGAUUUUCGGCGGGAAACAGAUGGCCGACGAUAAGACUGCCUCGGAGUAUAACCUUGAAGGUGGCGCCACACUACACCUUGUCCUUGCUCUUCGUGGUGGGCUGUGAUUGCCCGGUUCCGUGUGCGUGCAUGAGAGAGAGAGAGAGAGUCAGAGAGAGAAGUGCUCUAUUAGUAUCCUUCAGGCCGGCAUCCUGAACGCGUCGCAGCGUACCUACCUACCUCGAGUCAUAUGCAUGUCGUUUUCCAGCUGGACGAUGAUCCAUAAUGUGCUACACCCAACGCAGUAAUGACAGUUUUCUUCAUUGAGGAUUUAUAAAGAAUGUCACGUCAUUGUCCCGGCGGGAAGUGAGAGGUCGGAUUCUGCGAAUAGAGUACCUACCUAUGUACUACCUACCUGAACGGCUUUUUUUACAGGUCCUGCGCUGUAAAAUGUUGAGAUGUUAGAAAAAGAAAAAGCAUAGAUACAAACAUAAAU